AUGAGAUUCAAAAAGUGUAGAACAUUUGAACUCAAGCUAAUAGCUGCAGUGAAACGCAGACCGGAGCUGUUCUCGUUCAAUAAAAUCGUACCGACGACACGUUGGAAACUAAUAGCAGCAUGGAAUGAAGUAAGCCGCCUAUUGGGUGUGCGUGGAGAGAGACAGUUGCCAGCAGCAUGUGACCACGAUGCAGUAACACACGAUUCAACAACGCACCAGGAACGUCCAUGGUUUCGCAUCGCAAAAGUACGCAGUAUGCAUGCUGAUAGUGAAAUGACACGACCGUCCACAAAUGCAAACCAUCAUCCACCGGGUGAACUGUCCGCCAAAUCUUCAACGGUCGAUAGACGUUGGACGCCGGGUACAUACGAUGGUGAUCCGCAUGUGUCGUACAAAACCAUUGAUUCGGACGAACAAUUUCUUAAAAGUUGUUACACCACCAUGAAACGUCUAUCGACAAGUCAAAACGCUUUCGUACGGGUGAGAAUACAACAGCUCUUGUAUGAAGCAGAGUUUCCGGAUAAAAAUGACACAUCAAAUGGUUUCAAACGAUUAUUGGGAAAUAAUAUUUUCCAGUAA